CGCGCGCGGGGAAGGGGUGGGGCGCGUAGCGUCGUCCGGGCCGACCCGGCUCAGGUCUUCCUUCCGUCCCCAGGCCCGGCGGGUCCAGCUCCGCCUCUGGCUCGGCCUCUUUCUCCUCCCCGGCCCUCCCUCCGCCCAGCCGUUCCUUCCUCCCUCCCUCCUCCUCCUUUUCCCCGGUGAGGCGCUCUUCCAGCAGCCAGGCAGCAUGGCGGCCGUGGAGACACGGGUGUGCGAGACGGACGGCUGCAUCAGCGAGGCCAAGCUCCAGUGUCCCACCUGCAUCAAGCUCGGCAUCCAGGGCUCGUACUUCUGCUCGCAGGAAUGUUUUAAAGGAAGUUGGGCUACUCACAAGUUACUACAUAAGAAAGCAAAAGAUGAAAAGGCAAAGCGAGAAGUGUCUUCCUGGACUCUAGAAGGUGAUAUUAACACUGACCCAUGGGCAGGUUAUCGAUACACUGGUAAACUCCGACCACAUUAUCCACUGAUGCCAACAAGGCCAGUGCCAAGUUAUAUUCAAAGACCAGAUUAUGCUGAUCACCCUUUAGGAAUGUCUGAAUCUGAACAGGCGCUUAAAGGUACCUCUCAAAUUAAAUUACUCUCAUCUGAAGAUAUAGAAGGAAUGCGGCUCGUAUGUAGGCUUGCUAGAGAAGUACUGGAUAUUGCCGCUGGGAUGAUUAAACCAGGUGUAACUACUGAAGAAAUAGAUCAUGCUGUACACUUAGCAUGCAUUGCAAGAAAUUGCUAUCCUUCUCCCUUGAAUUACUAUAAUUUUCCAAAGUCUUGUUGUACUUCAGUGAAUGAAGUGAUCUGUCAUGGGAUUCCAGACAGACGGCCCUUGCAAGAAGGUGAUAUUGUCAAUGUGGACAUCACUCUUUACCGCAAUGGUUAUCACGGAGACCUGAAUGAGACGUUUUUUGUUGGAGACGUGGAUGAGGGAGCACGGAAGCUGGUUCAGACUACAUAUGAGUGCCUGAUGCAAGCCAUCGACGCAGUGAAACCUGGUGUUCGAUACAGAGAAUUGGGAAACAUUAUUCAGAAACAUGCCCAAGCAAAUGGCUUUUCAGUUGUUCGAAGCUACUGUGGGCAUGGAAUCCACAAACUUUUUCAUACGGCCCCCAAUGUACCCCACUAUGCCAAAAAUAAAGCAGUUGGAGUGAUGAAGGCGGGCCAUGUAUUUACAAUUGAGCCAAUGAUUUGUGAAGGUGGAUGGCAGGAUGAAACCUGGCCAGAUGGUUGGACUGCGGUGACGAGAGACGGGAAGCGGUCUGCUCAGUUCGAGCACACCCUGCUGGUCACGGACACUGGCUGUGAAAUCCUGACCCGGCGGCUGGACAGCGAGCGGCCUCACUUCAUGUCCCAGUUUUAAUUUCUCCCAAGCCGGCACAUCUCAGUAAUACCUUCUGUCUGUACUGUGCUUUUUAUUGAGAGUACAGAAUGGAAGAGGAAAUUUUUUACUUGUUUUGUUUUGACUAUAGAUAAGAAAGUUACUACCACAUUUGACAUGUGUCCUCAAGAACUUGUCUUGAGUCUGGAAAAGCCAAGAAGAAUAAAGGAAACAUUUUUCAACUCCUUUCAGUGUUCCCUUGCCCGCCCUCCCCACAUCGCUGCACCCUUGUUUUCUCAUUUGUCCUUUGAGCACUUUUGCUUAAACCUGCUUCUAGUUGCUUUUAUCACUGCCACAACUGGGCCAUCAGGAGCCGCUGCUUUCCAGAUAGAUGAAUGUGGAAGGUGAGAAUCCUUGAAACUUUAGCAACAUGUGUUGCUUCAGAUUUUUUUUACUAUAUAGGAAAUAUAUAUAUAUAUAUAUAUAUAUAUAUAUACAUUUUAAAUUCAUAUAUGUAAUUACUGAACACUAUAUGACCUGGAGUUUAUGUUGAUUCUGCUCCAACAGGGUCAUAAGCUGUCAUAAAUGGACACACAGUUUGCAGUGAUUUAAUUCUUAACUGGGAAUUGGCCUCCCCCAUGCUAAUUAUUUACCCAUGUAGUUUUGUGGAAGGAAGCACUCAGACUCUGUGUCAGUGAAUGGAUGUGGCAAAAUUCACUCUGGAAAAAGGUUAUUAGGUUUUUUGAAAUCUAGUUUAUGGCAAGAAUAGCCGUGCUCCAAGUGGUAGUGGCUGUUGCAGAGUAUGAAGAUUUUGUAAUAUAUGCUAUUUCAGACCUCUGUUUGGUCAAAAUGGGGGGAACAAAGUUCCCUUUCUUCCACUGUCUAUUUUAUUUCAAGGGCACACCUUGGAGACAUUCAGAGAAGGGUGGAGGUUGCACUGUGGAAGUUGAUCGGGAAAGCCAGUUCUGAAAUUUCUCCAGCAGUGAGCACAGUAAGUCAGGUGAGAUGUUAGAUUCUAACAUUUAGUAAACCUGGUUGUGAUGAGAAAAAACUCUUUGAAGAUUGGACUGUUGCCUUGCAGUAGGGAUACAGCUGUCCUUGGAGUGCUGAAAACACUUCACCUUUACAUCGCUGGGAACCUCAUUAGAAAUGACCUCAGCUGCCCGGUAUCUGUGUUCCUUCCAGUAGUUCAGUCCAAAUGCGACUGUAUCCUGUGAAGGCAUAUCAGAUCAAAGUCAUUGUCCUUAGAGUGUACUUGAUUACUGGGAUUCAGGUGACUGUAUUGUAAGAUAACUUGAUACCACUGACAUGUUAUACUUGUACGAAAACAUCUUUCCCAGAGUGCCUCAGACCUUACUGCUUUAAAAGAAUUAUGAUAAUGUUUUCAUUUUAUUAUUUUAAUGUUUAGUCGAGUGACCGAAUCUGGUAUAGAUUUUCGGGGAUAUAUGUGUGAAGUUUUUUAUCAAACUGUAAUAUUUGUGAAUGGAAUGCCUUGCAAUAUGAAUAUUAAUAUAAUGUGUAAAGGGAGAUUAAAAAGUUUGAGUGAUUA